CCCCGGAGGAGACACCCGCGGGACCCCCUCCUGCGCCGUGGGGGGAGCCGGGGCGGCAAAUGGUGCCCAGGGCCGGGGUAAAAAGCAGCAACUGGAAAGGAAGCGGACGCUUUAAAAUUUGGUCAGUUCCCAAGAGCGAGCUCCGUGAAAAAAACAGAGGGGUUUUAUUGCUGGAGGCUUUGCCGUAAUGGUUGCGGCAGCGACUGUGCGGGGUUUGUUCUGGAUUCGUCGUGAUAGCAAUUGUAAAGCUGGCAGGUAUGGCCUCACAAGUCUUGGUCUAUCCACCAUAUGUUUAUCAAACCCAGUCAAGUGCCUUUUGUAGUGUGAAGAAACUCAAACUAGAACCAAGCAGCUGCGUGUACCACGAGAGAACCUACCCGCAAAUCUACGUGAAUGGUAAAAACUUUGGAAUUUCCCCCCACAGGGUUAGUGCUUUCUUUCAGACUAAAAGCCCGUUUGACAGACCUCGAGGACGGAACUUUUGGUUGCAGUCAAAUGCUGUUGCUUUAAAAAAUACUGCAGGUGCUACAAAAGCGUUGGCAGCGUGGGUGCAGCAGCCCCAGCUGGAGGCGCCUCGGGCCGGGACGCAGGGAAGCCGGUCGGAUCUCCUGGAAGGACCCCAGCGAUGUGGACUGAAGCGUAAGAGCGAAGAGCUGGAUAACCAGAGCGGCACGAUGCAGAUUGUUGACGAACUGUCCAUCCUGCCUGCCAUGUUGCAAACCAGCGUGGGGAACCCGGUGGCGGUCGUGACGACGGCCGCCCCCGCGAAACCGAGCGGCACGAGCGGGGAUGGAGAUUACCAGUUGGUGCAGCACGAGGUGUUGUGCUCCGUGAAAAACACCUACGAGGUUCUGGAUUUCCUUGGGCGAGGGACCUUCGGGCAAGUCGUGAAGUGCUGGAAGAGGGGGACGAACGAGAUCGUGGCGAUCAAAAUCCUGAAGAAUCAUCCUUCGUACGCGCGCCAGGGGCAGAUAGAAGUGAGCAUCUUAGCGAGGCUGAGCACUGAGAACGCUGAUGAAUUCAACUUUGUGAGAGCCUACGAGUGCUUUCAGCAUCGUAACCACACUUGUCUGGUUUUUGAGAUGCUGGAGCAGAAUUUGUACGACUUCCUGAAGCAAAACAAAUUCAGCCCCCUGCAGCUCAAAGUAAUACGGCCCAUUCUGCAACAGGUGGCCACUGCACUGAAAAAACUGAAAAGUCUGGGUUUAAUCCAUGCUGACCUCAAACCAGAGAACAUUAUGUUGGUGGAUCCUGUCCGGCAGCCUUACCGGGUCAAAGUCAUAGACUUCGGGUCUGCCAGCCAUGUAUCAAAGACUAUUUGUUCCACUUAUUUACAAUCUCGGUAUUACAGAGCACCAGAGAUCAUACUGGGAUUGCCGUUUUGCGAAGCCAUAGACAUGUGGUCGUUAGGGUGUGUGAUUGCAGAGCUGUUCCUUGGAUGGCCACUGUACCCAGGAGCACUGGAAUAUGACCAGAUUCGUUACAUUUCACAGACUCAAGGUUUGCCAGGAGAGCAGUUGUUAAGCAUGGGAACAAAAACUGCAAGAUUUUUCUGUAGAGAAACGGAUGCACCAUAUUCUAGUUGGAGAUUAAAGACAUUGGAAGAACACGAGGCAGAAACAGGUAUGAAGUCUAAAGAGGCCAGAAAGUAUAUUUUCAACAGUUUGGAUGAUAUAGUGCACGUGAACAUGGUGAUGGAUUUGGAAGGAAGUGACCUGUUGGCAGAGAAGGCAGAUAGGAGGGAAUUCGUCAGUCUGUUGAAGAAAAUGUUGCUCAUCGAUGCUGAUCUAAGAAUCACUCCAGCUGAGACCCUGAACCAUUCUUUUGUUACCAUGAAGCACCUCCUCGAUUUUCCUCAUAGCAACCAAGUGAAGUCCUGUUUUCAUAUCAUGGAUAUUUGCAAAUGCAGAUCAAAUCUGUAUGACUUAAGCAAUCGCAAUAAAACAUCACUUAUGAGAUCAGUUGCCUCAGGCAGUGCAGCCAACCUGACUGCGAGCUUUACCAAAAUUGGUCCAGUAAGAAGUCAGGCAUUAACUGCAUCUGCCCAUUCAGUUUUGCACCAAGGGAUACCACUGCAGGCAGGAACUGCUCAGUUUGGUUGCAGUGAUGUUUUCCAACAGGCAUUGAUUAUAUGUCCUCCUGCUCUUCAAGGAAUUCCUACAAACCACAGCAAACCCACCAGUUUCUCCCUGAGGGUGGAUAAUGCAGUCCCGUUGGUGACCCAAGCCCACGCGAUUCAGCCACUACAGAUUCGAGCCGGAAUCCUCUCUCAGACGUGGUCGAAUCAGACUCAGCAGAUCCUGGUUCCUGCAUGGCAGCAGGUGGCACCAGUGGCAGCUCCUGCAACAUCUCUGGCCUCUGAUCCUGUGGCUGGCCCACAGAGGCUUGGAGACUGGGGGAAGAUGAUUACCCAGGGCACUCAUUACAGCUCAGUGAUACCACAGCCUCUCUUAACACAUCAGAUAACCUUGUCUGCCCCUCAGCCAAUUAGUGUGGGCAUUGCACACGUCGUCUGGCCUCAGCCCGCAGCUACCAAGAGGAACAAACUGUGUCAGAACAGGAGCAACGCGUUACAGAACACCAACAUCCAAAAUUCAGCCUUCAUAUCUCCAAAGAUACUCAACCUGAAGGCUGUGAAGAGAUUAAGCUGCAUCGAAGCACAGGACAAUCUCAACUCAGAAGGACAGGAAGGCACCUGCUGUGAAGCCUCGGUCAGGCUGGCCCCUGAUCCCUCCCUGCGAGCCGCCCAGCGCCAGACCCUGUUCAUAGCCGGCUCCCCCAGCCCCGCCGUCAGCGUCAUCACCAUCAGCAGCGACACCGACGAGGAUGACCUGGGAAGGACACAUUCGCUGAGGGAGUGUAAAGGUAGCCUGGAGUGCGAAGCCUGCCAGAACACCCUGAACAUCGACCGCGUGUGCUCCCUCAGCAGUCCCGACAGCACCCUGAGCACCAGCUCCUCCGAGCAGUCCAGCCCAUCUCCUUGCAAGAGGUCCAACAGCAUGUCGGAUGACGAACAGGAAAGUGGAUGUGAUACAGUGGAUGGUUCCCCAACUUCAGACUCUUCAGGACACGACAGCCCGUUUGUGGAGAAUGGCUUUGUGGUCAAUAAUAAUAAAAAUAAGGAAGCAAGAGCCUCGGUUAAUCCUGAAACCAAAUCAACUGUUUGCACAGUAGUGGUACCACCGAUGAGACUUGAAAACAGGUUACAUCUUGGUGAACAGAUAGUGAAUACAGAUGCUUCGUGCCAGCCACUGAAAAAGGGUCGGUCUGUGCUGGGAAGAAUAAACCAGUCUUCUGCUGUAGGAAACCGUCAGCAAAAAUCAGCAUUCCAUCAGCAACACGUAAACUUCAGUCAGGUUCAGCACUUCGGCUCCGGGCCGCAGGAGUGGAACGGGAACUACGCUCAGCGGAGGCAGCAGCAGGGUUACAUCCCGGCCAGCCACGCUUUCUCCCUGCCCCAGGGCAGCCCCAGCCACACCACCGUGCACGCCGCCCACCUCCCCGGCAGCGCCCACCUGGGCGCCCAGCCCGCCCUCCUGCCCUACCCGUCGCCGGCGCCCCUCGGCAGCGCCGCCGCGCCCGUCGCCCACCUGCUCGCCUCGCCCUGCGCCUCCCGGCCUCUGCUGCAGCACCCCACCUACGGCAUCACCCACCCCAGCGGCAUCGUCCACCAGGUGCCGGUGGGCAUCAACCCCCGCCUCCUGCCUUCCCCCACCAUCCCCCAGACUCAGUACAAGCCGCUCUUCCCCCCGCACUCGUACAUCGCGGCGUCGCCCGCCUACGCGGGGUUCCCGCUGAGCCCCACGAAACUCGGCCAGUACCCCUUCAUGUGAGAAGAGUAACGCUGAGG